GUCAGUGACAAACAUCACCCAAGCGCACUCGGCAGAGUCAGUUGCCAAUUCGUCGUCUCCGGCACACGUCUUCUCCGGCGUCUUCAUCACCAGAGCCUCCCCCCUCGCCAUGCUGCGCUGUCUGGUCCUAGUGCUGCUGUCGCCGCUGAUUUUGGCCGUCCAGCCGCGCGAUUUCCGCGUGCCACCAGUGGAUUUCACGCAACUUUCAAGCGCCCCAAACAAUGCGCACAAUUUCGACCUGCUUGCCAAACUGCAGGAAAACGGCAUCAUCGCGUUGCAAAAUGUACCCAAUUUCGCCAGUCUGCGGCAAGAAUACCUUCGCACUGCGGCAACUUGCGCCGUGCAAGCCCAGAAAAAAGGUGCCGAGUUCCUCCUGCAUCGGCAACUGAGAGAUGGCACCGAUCGCUACACCGUGAGUCUCGAGUCUGGUCGCCAGCUGACGGAAACUUUGGACCAAAGUGCCGAACUGCUGGCAGUUUGCCCCGAGUACGUGGAAAUCCACGCUGCUUUCAGCGCUGCGGUGGAAUUGGCAGUUGCAAAUGUGGGAACAGCUCUCGAUGCAACGCAAAAGUUCCAUGUUACAGCCGAGCAGGGCGCCGUGGCCAUGACGGCCCGGAAACUACUAGAGGAGUCGGUGCACUUGGACCAUUUCCACGCCUACGAAGCUGCUCAGGACAUGCGAAGACUGGAAAAAGAUUCGGAAAUCAAUGUUGCCGACAUGUCAUUGGAGUUGCAUACUGACAACGGACUCAUGAUCGCCAUGAGUUCACCUGCGUAUUUCGAGGUGUCAAGCGCUGGCGAAUUGCAACUCAGAAACACUCAGGGUGAAGAUGCGGGUUUGUUCAUCCAGACGGCAAAAGGCGCAAUUGUUCGCCCCGUGUUGCAACCGGACGAACUCAUUUUGAUGUUGGGCUCUGGAAUUGACGACUGGAUUAAAACUUCUCCGCCUCUGCACUCGGUGUUGCAUGGCAUGCGAUACCCACGAACCGUCAGUUUGGUCGAUGGAGGUGGGCAAGGCAAAAAGUUGCUGCGCUCAUGGUUUGGCAAAAUGAUUUUGCUCGAGUCGCAUCAGAUUAUGGAUAACACUGGCCUCACUUUCGGCCAGUACGCAAACCAGACUACUCGAUAUCUGGUACAACAAGAGGCGGAGGGCCAGACAUUUGGUGCUGUUGCGUGUCCCCCGCAACGUCAUUUGGCUGCGUCGGACAACAGUUGUUCACUUAAAACCUGCAAAUUGAAAAGCACGGCGUCGGCGUCGGACCUGACGAAAUCGUGCCAGAUUACUUGCAACCACGAUUCGGCCAGUGAUGCGAAAUUGUGUGAGCAAUAUUGUGACUGCGAAGACUCGACCAAAAGCGGAACUACCUGCUGGAUGCUGUGUGUGGAGAAUUUUUCGUCGGAUGUGUGUCCCGGUGAACAGGAAUGCAACAACGCCUCGACACAAGACAAAUUGGCCAUGACGUGUGUUGCUGGAACAUCAGCUCCUUCCACGUCGGCACCUUCGACUACCGCCCCCACCAAUGCAGGCACGACUGCGCCAGCUACUACAUCUCCGAGCACUACGAGUCCUAGUACGACAUCUCCGUCUUCUACUGGUUCUGCUGCUGGGUCGACGAAUGUUGGUGACGAAAUAACGGCAGCUUCAGCUUCAAGUGGAACGUCGUCCUCACCUACUGCUUCUAGUGCUGAUGGCAUCUCCUCAGCUUCUACUUCGGGAUCGGCGCCAUCUUCGACUUCAGCUUCGUCUUCAGCUGCAAGUGUCAUCCACGGUGCUAUCUUCAUGAACGGGGUCGCUGUGCUGGUGACCGCGUUCUUGUGCAUCCAGUAAGAAUGAGGAGCAAGGGCUAUUUGUAUUUUACAUUUCCUUGGGUAGUCACUCACUUAUCGAAUGCAUUGCCUUGUUCGUUUGAAUUUGUCUCGCUUGACAAAUUUCAUUGCAAAAAUUACGCAGAUUGAAGCGAACACGAAGACAAACGUAGAAGUUGUGAUGUCUGGAACAUCGGGAGCGGUAGGGCAACUUGACAGCGUGCACGUGAGCCUUUCGGGUGGUUAACUUAAUAUCUACGCAAGGUAGGUAUGUUAACACGCAUUGCUAGUAACAGCCUGCACGGGCUUUCCGAAAGCCCUGUCAAGGGGAGGUUAGUAAGAUCUUCUGCAAUAAAAGUUGGCACACAAGUCACAUAUGCUGAGUCAGUAUUACUGACAGUAUACUGUUGUCAAAUGAUUAGCCCAACAACAGUUGGACAAC